AUGGUCAAGACAGUACAACGUACAAUCGAAAACCCUUUGGGCUCACCAAUUCACGUUUUGUUGGCCCAACCCGAAAGCGAUGUCAAUACUUCAAAGUCGCCAAUUUCAAUGGUGAUUUCUACAGCUGCGAAUCCAGCAAACCAGAGCUUGUUGUGUUACGUCUAUGCUGUGCCCACCUCCACUGACGUGCUGUCAACAGUUCUGACCGACACAACCGACGACACAGUGCGAGAGACAGCGGUACGAAUCUCUAAGCUAUGUGCGAAGAAGAGUGGGAAACCGUUCUAUUUGACCAUAGCAAGCGAUGGAGGGCCGAACAAAAUGAAUGUUGAUCAACUUCUGUUGUGUAAAGAAUGCGUAAGUUUAAUAGAUAAGGAAUGA